GCGUCACUACAGACACUGGUUCGAUCCCGGGCUGUAUCACAACCGGCCGUGAUUGGGAGUCCCAUAGGUCGGCGCACAAUUGGCCCAGCGUCGCCCCGGUUGGGGGUGGCUUUGGCCUGGCUGCCUGAGCCAUGAGUGAGUUUCGGAUACACCAUGAUGUCAAUGAGCUGCUCAGUCUGCUUCAUGUGCGAGGAGGUGAUGGGGCAGAAGUGUUUAUUGAUCUACUGCAGAAGAACAGGACACCUUACAUCACCACAACAGUGUCUGCACACAGUGCAAAGGUCAAAAUAGCAGAGUAUUCAAAGACGCCAGAGGACUUCCUAAGGAAAUAUGAUGAGCUCAAGUCAAAAAAUGUCCGCAAUCUGGACCCACUGGUCUACCUCCUAUCAAAGCUUAGUGAGGAUAAAGAGAUGCUCCAAUGUCUGCAACAGAAUGCCAAAGAAAGGUCUGAAGCGUCUGCUAAUGCGACAACAAUUACAACCUUUGCUAUCCCUCCAACCAGCACUAAGAUGUCAAUGCAGGAACUUGAAGAGCUGCGCAAGAAGCUGGGGAACGUCACUGCCAGCUCCAAUGUGCCCCAGUCUGCUGAAGUCACACGAAAGAUGCUGAGGGACAGACACAACAAAAAGAACCCCACUCAGCCCAACCCGGUGUUUCCCAAUUGGGUGUAUGACCGUCCUGCUCUGAUUGGGGACUUCAUCACCGGUGCCACAGCAGCAGGAGACCCAGCAGUGGCCAUUGGUACAAUGCCCCUGCCAGCCCAGGAGCAGGCGUUGGUUGAUGAUUUGCUGUUUGUGCUGGUCGGUGUGGACGGCAGAGACAUCACGGCCCAGCCUGUCCUCGGGAGGCAGAAUCGCUCCUUCAUCGUUGACCCAACCCUUGACAUGUCCAUCAAGGAGCUGGUCAAUAGGAUACUACCAGUCGCCUCAUACUACUCUACUAUAACACGCUUCAUUGAGGAGAAGUCGUCUUUUGAGUACGGCCAGGUGAACCACGCCCUGACGGCAGCCAUGAGGACCCUGAUGAAGGAGUACCUGAUCCUGGUGACCCAGCUGGAGCACCUCCACAGGCAGGGCAUGCUCUCCCUGCAGAAGCUCUGGUUCUACAUCCAGCCCACCAUGAGGACCAUGGAGAUCCUAGCCUCCAUUGCCUCCUCGGUGGACAAAGGAGACUGCAUGGGUGGGUCGACGUUGAGCCUCCUUCACGAUCGUACCUUCAACUACACUGGCGACAGUCAGGCCCAGGAACUAUGCCUCUACCUCACGAAAGCAGCUAGUGUCCCUUACUUUGAGAUACUGGAGAAAUGGAUCUAUAGAGGCAUCAUCAAGGACCCUUACAGUGAAUUCAUGGUAGAAGAGCACGAGCUACAGAAAGAGAAGAUCCAAGAGGACUACAACGACAAGUAUUGGGAUCAGCGGUACACAAUCGUACAGCACAGAAUUCCAUCCUUUCUUCAGAAAAUGGCAGACAAAAUUUUGAGUACAGGUAAAUAUCUCAAUGUGGUGAGAGAGUGUGGCCGGGACGUGACUUGUCCGGAUGCUAAAGAGGUCCUUUACACUCUGAAGGAGAGAGCCUAUGUGGAGCAGAUAGAAAAAUCCUACUACUACGCCAGUAAGGUCCUCCUAGACUUCCUGAUGGAGGAGAAGGAGCUGGUUGCACGCCUUAGGUCAAUCAAGCACUACUUCUUGAUGGACAAGGGAGAUUUCUUUGUCCAUUUCAUGGACCUGACGGAAGAGGAGCUCAAAAAGCCAGUGGAUGACAUUGUCCCUCCCCGACUGGAGGCCUUGCUAGAGCUGGCUCUGAGGAUGAGUACUGCUAACACAGACCCAUUCAAAGAUGACCUGAAGAUUGACUUAAUGCCUCAUGACGUGAUCACCCAGCUGCUGCGGGUGCUGGCCAUCGAGACCAAGCAGGAGAAGGCCAUCAUCAAUGCCGACCCCACCGAGGUGGCCCUCAGCGGCCUGGAGGCCUUCUCCUUUGACUACAUCGUCAAGUGGCCACUGUCGCUCAUUAUCAACAGGAAAGCGCUGACGAGAUACCAAAUGCUGUUCCGACACAUUUUUUACUGCAAGCAUGUCGAGAGGCUGUUGUGCAACGUGUGGAUCAGCAACAAAACAGCCAAGCAGUACGCCUUGCACAGGGCCAAGUGGUUUGCAACAGCGUUUGCCUUGAGACAGCGCAUGCUGAACUUUGUACAGAACAUCCAGUACUACAUGAUGUUUGAAGUCAUGGAGCCCACCUGGCAUAUCAUGGAGAAGAACUUGAAAUCUGCCUCCAACAUAGACGACGUGCUGUGUCAUCACACCAGCUUCCUGGACAACUGCCUGAAGGACUGCAUGCUGACCAACCCAGAGCUGCUUAAGAUCUUCUCCAAGCUCAUGUCCGUGUGUGUCAUGUUCACCAACUGCAUGCAGCGCUUCACCCGGAGCAUGAAGCUGGACCGGGAGAUGAACCGGCUGUCUCUGGAGCAUGGCACCAUGGAGGGUCCUCCCACCCAGAGCGAACGCACCGAGGAGCAAGAGAAGAAGAGACUCACCUCCAAGUUCCUAGCGGAGCACGUGGACGCCCUGCAGUCAGACGCAGGCUUCGAAGCCACCGUCAGCAAAUUCGACAGCAACUUCAGUACACUGCUCCUGGACCUGCUGGACAAGCUCAGCGUCUACAGCACCAACGACUGUGAGCACAGCAUGAUUAACAUCAUCUACAGGUUGGAUUUCAACGGGUUCUACACAGAGCGCCUUGAGAGGAUGGCUAUAGAGAGAAGUCAGAAGGCUGCUACAUAGCACUGUUUUUAUGUGAGUGUUCAUGAUGGUCACCCACUCUAUAAGUAUGUAUUUCUCCUACUCAUGCCCAUAUAAAAACCAACUUCAAAGACGACAUUCCUCUCCACAUCAAGCAUGAAGCUGUCAAACAUAAAGCUGUUUAGUGUUUGAUUCAAGAAACUAUCACCAUAGAUUUGACUAUACGGCUAUAUGGUGUUUUCCCCUUUACCUUUUAUAUGGGCAUAGGAUUAAAUAACCAUGAACUGUAUGAAUUUCUCUCAGAAGAAGUUAAAGAAAACCUGGACCUCUCUAUGGGUAACUUCUUUUUUACCUCAUGAAAAUUGUUUUUGUGUUUUAUUGUUCAAUAAAAAAAUAUGAAAUGUC